CCCGUCACGCGGUAUCACUCACUCACCCAUCCACCUAAAAUCCCACUACUCGAGGCCGAAUAUGUGCACUAGGUUUUAGGGUUUUUGAUUUUUUUUUUUUUUUUUUUGAACCGUUUUCCACAAAAACAACGAACGAAUCAGGAUCACCUAUUGGCUUUAUCAUUCUGUUGAAUCGUUCGCAUGCGAUUUAUCUCUCGCAUCCUCUCAGUCUCGCCAAAGCCCUGUUACCUUCACAUCCGCUACAUUUCUUCUCUCUCCUCCACCAUGGCAUCCACCGAAGACUCUCUCCGUCGAUCGCUGGCCGAGAAGCAAUCCUCCAUUGACGCCCAAGCCGCGGCCGUCCGGUCCCUCAAGUCCUCGGGCGCACCAAAGUCCGAAAUCGACGCUGCAGUUGAAGCCCUAAAUGCACUGAAGCUUGACAAAGCCUCGACCGAGAAGCAGCUCCAGGACGCCGUCAGUGGUAAUGGCAAUGCUAACGCCGUUAACAGGGAUGCAUUCCGUCAGGCUGUAGUGAACACGCUGGAGCGUCGGUUGUUUUAUAUCCCUUCGUUCAAGAUCUACCGAGGUGUUGCCGGUUUAUACGAUUAUGGUCCUCCCGGCUGCGCCGUUAAGUCCAAUGUUCUCGGUUUCUGGCGGCAGCAUUUUGUUCUGGAGGAGAAUAUGUUGGAAGUGGACUGCCCAUGUGUUACACCAGAAAUUGUGCUGAAAGCAUCAGGGCAUGUGGAUAAAUUCACUGACCUCAUGGUUAAGGAUGAAAAGACAGGAACUUGCUAUCGUGCUGAUCACUUGCUUAAGGACUUUUGCAAAGAGAAGCUUGAGAAGGAUCUUAGUAUGUCUGCUGAAAAGGCAGCAGAACUAAAACACAUUCUUGCUAUUUUGGAUGAUCUUUCUGCUGAAGAACUUGGUACUAAGAUCAAGGAAUAUGGCAUUACUGCUCCAGAUACAAAGAACCCUCUUUCUGAUCCAUACCCUUUCAAUUUGAUGUUUCAGACAUCCAUAGGUCCAUCUGGCUUGAGCCCCGGGUAUAUGCGUCCUGAGACAGCUCAAGGCAUCUUUGUGAACUUCAAGGACUUGUAUUAUUAUAAUGGGAAUAAGCUCCCGUUUGCUGCUGCUCAGAUUGGCCAGGCUUUCAGAAAUGAGAUAUCACCCCGCCAAGGCCUUCUGAGGGUCCGUGAGUUCACAUUGGCUGAGAUUGAGCACUUUGUUGAUCCUGAUGAGAAGUCUCAUCCAAAAUUUGAUGAUGUUGCAAACCUGGAAUUUUUGAUGUUUCCAAGAGAAGGACAAACAUCUGGGCAAUCAGCAAAGAAAAUUCAUAUUGGUGAAGCAGUUUCCAAGGGAAUUGUUAAUAAUGAAACCCUUGGCUACUUUAUUGGGAGAGUAUACCUGUUCCUGACUUACCUUGGAAUUGACAAAGAACGCUUACGUUUCCGGCAACAUCUUGCAAAUGAGAUGGCUCACUAUGCUGCAGAUUGCUGGGAUGCAGAGAUUGAAUGCUCCUAUGGCUGGAUUGAGUGUGUUGGCAUUGCUGAUAGAUCUGCAUAUGACUUAAAAGCUCAUUCUGAAAAAAGUGGUGUUCCUCUUGUAGCUCAUGAAAAGUUUCAAGAACCCAGAGAAGUGGAGAAAUUGGUUAUUGCCCCAGUGAAGAAGGAGCUGGGUCUUGCAUUUAAAGGGGCCCAAAAGAAUGUGGUUGAAGCUUUGGAGGCCAUGGGUGAAAAAGAAGCCAUGGAAAUGAAAGCCAUUUUGGAAUCCAAAGGGGAAGCUGAGUUCCAUGUGUGCACUCUUGGAAAAUCUGUCACUAUUAAGAAAAACAUGGUGAUGAUUUCAAAAGAGAGAAAGAAGGAACAUCAGAGGGUUUUCACACCUUCGGUGAUUGAGCCAUCUUUUGGUAUUGGACGUAUAAUCUAUUGUCUCUUUGAACACUGCUUCUACACAAGGCCAAGCAAAGCAGGAGAUGAACAGCUGAAUGUAUUCCGUUUCCCUCCUCUUGUGGCACCUAUUAAAUGCACGGUCUUUCCCCUGGUUCAAAACCAGCAGUAUGAAGAAGUUGCUAAACUCAUCUCUAAAUCAUUAACUGCGGCAGGGAUCUCACAUAAGAUUGACAUAACAGGUACAUCAAUUGGAAAACGAUAUGCAAGGACAGAUGAACUGGGUGUGCCCUUUGCUAUUACCGUAGAUUCAACAACAUCUGUGACAAUUCGUGAGAGGGAUAGCAAAGAUCAAAUUCGUGUGAGCGUGGAGGAGGUGGCUUCUGUCGUUAAAGAGGUGACUGAUGGGCAGAGCACAUGGGCCGAUGUGCUGUGGAGAUACCCUACUCGUUCAACCGUCGUGGUGGAUGAAUGAGAUAGAUAAAAAUAAAAUAGCAUAUUUCUUGUUUAGGGUGUUAAAUUGAAAUUUGUUUGACAUUAAAAUCUUACAUUUUCUUCACUCAAGUCAAAAGUCUCGAUUAUAGCAGCAGUAAUGAGGGGAAUUAUAGUUUGUUCACUCACACAUUUUGCUAUUGUAACAUUAAUUGGAAGAGGUUAAUGCAUUUAUAAUUGAACAUGCUUAUAGGAGUAA